GCUUAUUGCCAAUUAAUUUAGCUAAGGUCAAGUGGUUCCUCUGGUGAUCUGCUUUCACAUUGCUUACUCAGCACAGAAAAGGUGACUCGUGAUAUGAUAUCAAGAGUGCAUGUUAAAGUAUCAAGAGAAAGGGAUUCCGUAGGGUAAGAAGUCUUGGUUUUAUCGUUCGUUAGGUGUGGAUAGAGGUGAACCACCAUGGUCCAAGGAACUCAAACGUUUUCAUUUGUAUUUGUGUGUAUCCUAACUCUAUUGUCACCGAUAGGAAGUACACUGCUCAGUAAAGAAGAUUAUGUUACCGAGCAAGAGCUGCAGUAUGCCCUGCUACACUCUUCUAACAAUGUAUCUGUUCCAAAUUUAUAUGUCCUAGCAAACACUUUCUUUCCACUUCAAGGUGCAGAGCCGAUCUGUGUUCCUGUCGAAUACCACAUUCACUGUGAAAAUAAUCCCAUUUGUACAAGCGUUGACUGCAUAAACUGUACCGAUUCUGAAUAUGUGACCAACUGCUUGUGGACAGGUUAUGAUGUUACCUCAGGAAUUGGAAUUGUUUUACUAUCUUAUGCCUUGGAUGGUAUUGAGUUAUUAGGAUUUAACAGUUGGGAGGAAUCGUGCUCAUUUGAAAGUUCGGCUAGCUUGUACUUAAAUUUGAAUCUUACGUACAACACCCAAGACGUUGUUCUGUCAUCACUUGUAAAGUUAACGUCACAACUCAAGAAGUAUGCUGCAAGCCAAAGCACACUAAAAGUUGGAGACACAAGCAACAAUGGGUUUGCUGUCCAGUGGAAUGCUGAAGACAAAGUGAAAGCUUUUGAUAUGCCUAACCUUCUCCUCACAGUUGAGUUUAUUUUCAUCAAUAUUUUCGUGUUUUUCUUGUCUAUAUCAAUGACUACAUAUACAUAUGAUAAUCUCUUUCGUAAUGUUAAACACAAGAAGAAUCCUGGCUAUCCUAUUUUCUGGGGUCUUGUUGUGUUCACACUGUGUUGGAAUGUUGGUCCCUCUUGGCUGGUGUUGGUACGCAACUCGGAUCGUGUUACAUAUUCCCUUGUAGUCAUGAUCCCUUUACAAUUUCUUGUUGCAUUUUUUCUUAAGAAGAAGUCUAAUUUCCCAAUCCCAGGAAUGAGUCAGAAUGGCUGUUUGGUUCAUCGUUCUGGUUAUCAUUUCUUCUGGGAACGUAUUGUGCUUACAUGUCGUCGAUGCUUUAUUUCUCAUUUUGUUCAGGUCAUAGCUAUAUGGAGUAUUUUGGUCACGUUCACUUUCCUUGUCUAUUACUUAACCGCCAUCACUGUAACUUUCUACUUGUAUCCAGCUGCCACACUUGUUAGGGCUGUAUUCGCAAAGGGUAUCGUUGUUUGUACUGUACUCAUCUUCUCGCUUGUGUUUUCCCUGAGUAAAUUCAAGUUCAAAUGCACACUUGAUACAGUCAAACACAACUGUGUUGUAAUAUUUUCUCUACUAACAGUGAUUACCUUUAUGCCUAUAUUGGUAUACAUCGCGUUUGUGAUAGGUGGUAUCAUUUUUGCUGAAACUAGCGACAACAAUACUUUGAAGAGUAUUUUAACACUUCUACCUUCGGUUUUCCUGCUCUUUGUAGCAUGGGCUAGCCGUGGUCAUUUGUUCCCUGAAGGACUUCAUACUACGGACGCAGCUGAAGAAAUAGUUUCUGAUCUCGAAAAGGGAGCCACUCAUGAUCAUAAAAAUAAACAUAAGGAAGGUAAAGCUGGCCUUGUUCAAGUCCCCCUGGAACCAAAUCCUUCCGAUUAUGGCUCAACUCAGGGCCAGGGAGGAGAACUUCAAACCACAAGCAAUGGCCGACUUGAAAAUCAAGUAAUGAACAAUUCUAGCGGAGAAUACAGGCCCUUGCUCCAAAAUUGAAACAUGCUAUAUAACAUGCUAUAAUAAUUUAUGCUGUGUCUAUACAUGUAUGUGUUUUUAUUAAUUAUAAUGUGUUCCAAAUGGAUUGACUAAUGUGUACUUUUGCUUGUACUCUU